UGAUCAAGGCGACGGCGACGGAGGUUCUUAUCGUCGACGGCACGGAGCGACGAGUUUAGUGGGUGUUCCUAGCUUCUAGAGCGGCCCUGAUCAAGCUGAUCGUCCCUCGAGUGCCAUACGCAGGGGAUUGUCGAAUGACUCCGCCCUGACGUCAGAACACAGCCUUCGACAUUCGCACUAUGAACGCAAACACUUGGGGACCACGGGCGCCCGCCUCGGCUGACCUGGCUUCGGAGUUGGUCAGCGUGUUUGAGUGUCCCGUGUGCCUCGAUCCCGUCAUGCCGCCCAUCGCACAAUGCGUGAACGGUCAUCUGCUGUGCUUCCCGUGUCGGAACAAGAUCACCGCCUGUCCACUGUGCAGGGGAGGGAUCAGCAGCGUCCGAGCGUUGGCCAUGGAGAAAGUGGACUGAGAGGCUUCCCUACCCGUGCAAGUACUCGGAUCAUGGCUGCACCGCUCAGCCAAUCCUGCUCGACAAACGGGAUCACGAGAAGACGUGCGAUUUCAGAUCGUGUCCCUGCGUAUUCACGGCGGAGGCUUGCAAGUGGACUGGUCUUCCAAAAAAUAUGAUGGCGCAUAUCCGUGAAGCCCACCAGAGCUUGUCUAUAGUCCGUGGCGAGAAGGCGGAGUUCGUCGUCCACGAUGGAAAGAUACCACGGAGCUACGAACGGAUGACAGUUCAGUCGUGCUUCGGCCAACACUUUGUGGUCGUCCUCGCCAUGCAGCACGUCAGCGGUUUCAACCUGUUCCACGCGCUGGUGAUGAUCGUGAACACGCCGAAGGAGGCCCAGAACUUCACCUACCAGCUGGAAAUGAGGGACGGCGAUCGGACGCUCACGUGGAUCUCCAGGCCCAGUUCCGUCCUGGAAGGUGUCGAGGCGGCCAUGGCGCGAGGAGACGGCCUCGUCUUCGACGCGCGCAGCUUCGCCGUCAAGCUGAGCGUCGGGGUCACCGUCAAGCGUCGGUCGCCGGGCGAGAAGCAAGAACAGGACGGUGACACCAGGGACAGCUACUUUCGGAUGUUCGGUCCUCCGGGAAAGCCGUCCGGUGACGUCCGGGACGGCGAAUGCAAACGAACCGCCGAUAACGACGCGGACGACGACGACUUCCGGGACAGCUAUUUCAGGAUGUUCAAGCCUCGGACGAAGCAGUAUCCCUGACGUGUGCGCGGAAGUUUAGCCCGUGCCGAUGUUACGUGCUCCGUGACCCGUCGUUUCGAGCCAACAACUUCGUUUAAUUUUUACUGCUCACCCCUGGCCUUUGUUCGAGCAGGAGCUUGCUUUGAGCUAAUAGGUGGGUCAUUGAUAAACUGAAUGUGACCCCUGACUCGUUCUCAUUCGGUUUCCGCACCAAGGUUGUUUUUAUUUUCUGUGGGAAUUUUUGCACCGAUCUUCUUUCUUUUUUUCUUCUUUUUUUGUCCGCAUUGCUUGACAUACGGAAUAUUACGGAUAAAUGCGUACUAGCCCUCUUUGUAAAGAGGAUGCAUAAGUGGCCUACGAAGCAUGUUGCCCGUAAUUAGCGCUUCAUGGUCUGUGGGCUGGUCUUUGCAUAUCUCUACACUUCUGUACAUGCUGCGUUUUUAUUUGUUUUUUGUUUUUUUAAUACAUUGUUUUAGCUGACUUCAUAUAGGUUUUACGUAUCUGGGAUCUGGGUAUCCUUAAGACACUUCCAGAAAAAUAAAACUAAACAGCCCUUGCGCGCCUUCACAGAGUUGUAGCGAGUCGAAAGAACCAUAAAAAUGUAGGUCACAACGAUACAAAAAGUGAUAAUUUGUCGCGGAAUAUGUCAAAUUAAAGAUAGUUAUAAUUAGCGCCAGUAUAACCGAAAAUUAACCACAAUGCAUUGCACUCCUGUAAAGGGUGCACCGCCGCAGCAAUAGACAUGUUGAGGCAAAGCCACCCUACGGCACACGUGAGAAAUGGAGCCAGUUCACUCGGACUAAGCAGCGCUCGCGUGAAGCAGUGGUGUCUGCAAGUCGCCUUCGCCGGUGCCCGCACGAAGCGAGAACUAGUCGCAGAGUUGGUAAAAUAAACGGUACGGGCGUAAUUAGCGCCAAUAUAGACGAAAAUUAACCCCACUGCACCAUAGACUGCAAUGUCUCCUUAAUCGGCCCACCUCACCUCUUCGUUAAAAAAAAAAAAAAACAGUCUCAACGAAGUGUCGACGCUAAAGAAGGUAAGGUUGACGUAAUUGCGCCAGAACUACGAUACGAAUAAGAUACGGAAUUAGUUAAUAAUUAACAUGAAAAGGAAACAGACUAGAAAUGCAUAAUCAACGAUUAAUAAUCGAAUUAUUUGAACCACCAUGCACGUCUACCUCGUCUUCUCUAGGCACAUGGCAAACCGUUUCUUUUUUUGUGUCUUUGUUUAAACUACACAGAUUUUUUUUAAAUAGAAAAAAGCUAUGACAAUAGCUUCUCCACAAAAAUGUGGCGUUCUUGUACAGGAGUUCCUAGGCGAGGCGGACAUACUUUGCCGCUAAUAAAAUUAUUUCCUGAAGACUAAUAAACAAAAAUUGUUAAUUACCUUAAUCACGCGUGCCUGGGGGUAG